AUCUUUGGCUGCCGCCAUACCGAGCGCACCAACACGAAAUCGUGGAGGAACCAGGUUCGAAGCCGACCUUCGGAGCACCAUAUCGGCUCAGCCCUAUAGAGCUAGCCGAUAUGAAGAACAGAUAAAGUAUCUCCUCGAAAAAGGACUCAUCUGUCCAUCCACUUCACCAUACCGUACCCCAAUACUCUUCACACCAAAAUCCAACGGAAGCAUGCGCAUGUGCAUCGAUUACCGAGCUCUCAAGAAGCAGACCAUCAAGAAUAAAUACCCGAUUCCACGAAUCGAUGACCUGCUUGACCAACUUCAGGGAGCCACGGUGUUUUCCAAACUAGAUCUGCGGUCCAAAUAUUGGCAGAUAAGAAUGGCAGGAAAUUCCAUCCACAAAACUGCCUUCCGAACUCGGUAUGGGUCGUACGAGUAUCUGGUCAUGCCGUUCGGACUCACCAACGCACCGGCAACCUUCCAAGCCGAGAUGAACCACAUUAUACGACCAUUAUUGGACGAUACACGAAAAUCGCCGCAGAAUCUGCUGAAGAAGAACACGCCCUACCCAUGGGAGUCAAAACAUCAGAAAGCCGAGGAGCAGCUAAAAAAGGCACUCACAUCCACACCCGUACUCAUCUUGCAAUACCUCGAACGCGACUACGUCAUCGAAGCUAACGCCAGUGACCAGGUAGUGGGAGCAGUCUUAAUGCAAGACCAGGGGAAUGGACUGCAACCAAUUGCCUACCUCAGCACGAAACUGCACGGGGCAUAACCAAAUUACCCAAUACAUGACA